AUGGGAGGACCGGGUUUCAGCACCACGGAGAGCGCCCGACUACUGCUGCACAGUGUGUUUGGUGUGCUGCUCCUUUCCGGGGCGCUGGGGGAGCAGGAGGGGGAGAACCUGUCGGGUCUCUCCAACAACCCGGACAAAGCCAUCUUCGCGGUGCGGGAGAACGGCACGACAUGUCUGAUGGUGGAGUUCGCCGUGAGAUUCCUCGUGCCAUAUGACGUGCUCGCGCUCAACGGGAUAGACCUGAUCACCGAGCAGGCGUCGUUCACGCUGCCCCGUGGUGCAGAAAUCGAGGGGAAAUGCGGGAUCACCGAGUCAGAGAUCCAAAUAAGCUGGAAGAACGAAGCCUACACCCUCCGCAUCUACUUCUCUAAGGACUUCCGUGACAAGGAGGAAGAGGUGUGGAAGGUUAGCAAGGUCCAGUUCGUCUACGACACCUCGGAGACAUCGCAUUUCAUCAACGCAUACAACCCCGGGAAGCACACAGCAAGCACCCACCGCCUGUCAGCCCUGGUGACCCCCGCUGAGCACUCCUUUGUGUGCGCGGCACAGCAGACCCUCACCCUAAUCUCCAGUGACCACCAGAAGGGUGUCACAGUCUCCAUGUACGACAUCCAGAUCCAGCCCUUUGACAUCGCCUCCGACUUCAUGUUCGGUGAACCCUUCAAGUGUAUCACCGACCAGCGGGAGCGCCUGGAGGAGACCCUCCCGAUCGUCCUGGGUUUCAUUUUGGCUCUCAUCAUUGUCAUCACGCUCACCGUCUACCACUUCCACCUAAAGCUGACCGCACCCCAGCCUCAGCUCCCCAGAGAUCGCUCCAUGUACAAGAACAUGUAG